AUGCAGUCCAGGAAGAGACGAUUUUCAGUGUACGUCUUAUCAGCUUCCUUGCUUGCCUGCUUGUUAUAUGUACAGAGAGAUGCCACACCAGCUCUGUCUUCGGCACCUGGAAAACUGCCUGGCCGAAACCAGAAGCGCACAUUCAGGCUUCCUAGACUGACAGAGCCGAAGGAAUGUUUACCAGACCUCGCUGUGGCCAAUUCCUCCGCUCUCCUCCCUGAGGUUUACCGCGUUUUCUUAAUGUAUAAGCAUUGCAGGAACUUCUCGACUCUGUUGAAGCCCUCUGAAUGCAGCCGAGACACAUUCCUGCUGCUGGCCAUCAAGUCGGCCCCGGUGAACAUUGAUCGUCGAGUCACCAUCAGGAACACCUGGGGGAAGGAGAAGGUCGUGGGUGGCCGGUCAGUGAGGCUGCUCUUCUUACUUGGCCGCUCGCAGGUCCGAGUUCAAGCUCACUCGCUCCAGCAGCUUGUGACCUACGAGAGCCUGGAGUUCGAUGACAUCCUCCAGUGGGAUUUCGUGGACGACUUCUUCAACCUGACGCUGAAGGAGCUGCACUUCCUCCGGUGGCUGGUGGAGGACUGUCCUCAUGCCCGCUUCGUGCUGAAAGGCGACGAUGACGUCUUUGUGAACACGGACAACAUCAUUGAGUUCCUGAGAGACCUGGACCCCGAGGAGGAUCUCUUUGCCGGAGAUGUCAUCAGCAAAGCCCGGCCAAUCCGGAAUCCCAAGACCAAGUAUUUUAUCCCGGAGUCGAUGUAUCCGGCCUCGUUCUAUCCACUCUAUGCGGGAGGCGGUGGCUACGUCAUGUCGCGGCUGACGGCGCGGCGGCUGCGUGGCUCGGUGGAGGAGACCGAGCUGUUCCCAAUCGACGAUGUCUUUGUGGGGAUGUGCCUGGCCAAGGUGGGCAUGACGCCAGUGCACCACCCUGGCUUUAAGACCUUUGGGAUACAGCGGCCCUUUAAUCCGUUUGAUCCCUGCCUGUACAAAGGACUGAUGAUCGUACACCGGCUGAGCCCGACGGAGCUGUGGGUCAUGUGGACGCUGCUGAGCGACGGGGGGCUCAGAUGUGCCACGUCAGUAACUCCGAAACUAUAGAGCAGAUUUGGAUGCGCCUGGCGCUGAGACUUUGAUAGGCGUUGGCUUGCGCUUCGUUAACGGGGACUUUUAAAGCAGAUUGCUUCCGCCUGGGUAACUGUAACAUGCUGAUGCUUCACUUCAGAGGCGAAGGCUGGCAAUGUUCCUGGCCACAGUUGCUUUGGGAUGAGAGGCGAGAUGCAGGGAAACACGCGCUGCCUGCUGGCAUCUCUUUAUGACUGUGGAAAGCAAACAGGGCUCUUCUUACAAGGAGUUCUCCCCAACCUGAUGCCCUCGAUGGGCGAAUUAUUCCUGGAUACGUUGUUGAAGCCCCAACACCUCUGGAAGUCUCUGGGUUGGGAAAGCUGACUUCACUUGAAGGCCUCUUGCUUUGGUUCCCCAUCAUGUUGGGUGUCUCCACGCACCCCACCAGGUGCUUCUGGGAAAAAGAAGCAGGGAGCCCUCUCUGUCUGAAGAAGGCACAGUCCCCUGAAAAUGAAGCUCCGUGAGCGGCUGCGGGAAAGUAAAAGUUUGUCUUUAGGUCUCACCCUUCGGGUCUGUGGCAGACGCUUCCUCCUGGGCAGAUCGAAAUUUAGGGGCAUCUUGCCCCAGUGGAGAAGUUUCAGGUUGCGAAAUGGCCACCAGCUGGGAGGUGCCCCAGCCCUCUGCUGGAUCCAGUAUUUUGCGAGAAACAGACCUCCCCACAGCGCACCCCCCGAAAAGACCCCCCAAGCUAGAGAGCUGGGGUAGGUGAGCACCCCCAGAUCAGGCGAGGGACUUGACACUGGCAGAGCGUUUUCUCUUAUCCUAGUGUCCUGGGCAGGUCUCUUGUAAACGUGACAGUGGCCGAAGUGUACGAUCUGCCUAUUCACUGAAAUG